AUGGACUAUAUUACUGCACUCUCUCAUAAUUCACCGACCGCGAUAUCCGAUGCGCUCGCUCGAGAAUCUCAUUACCGUGCUUUAUUCGCUACUGCUCCUGUCCAUCCUUCAUUAAAGGAACCAUACUUGAAUUUGAUUAAUGUUUACCAACAUGAAUCAAUUUGGAAGUCGAAUAGCUCCAAGAAUGCUUCAGAUGAUUGCACGAUUAUCAUGCCAUUGGAAGAAAAAAAUCGACGAAAAGAUGGUGACUGGGCUAUUGAGCAUGGUGGAAAUGAACGAUUUUUGAGGAAUUGGCAUUUGCUUACCGAAGGCACUCUCGAUGGACUUGAUUGGUCGAAUGUUUUUGCCGCAGGCGGAUCAGUUCUCGCCUGCCUUCUUCCAAUCCCUGAAAAAUAUUCGACAUUUUCACGAAAAACUCGAGAAUAUUAUCAUGAAAAAGCCUACGUAAGCUCGGAUGUGGAUUUAUUUAUCUAUGGAUUGGAUGAAGAAGCGACAAAACAAAAAAUGGUUGAUAUUUAUAAUGCUGUUGCGGAUAAUGUUCCAUGGGAGGUCACUUGUGUUCGAGCCAAGAGCUGUGUGACUAUUGUCAGUCAAUAUCCAUAUCGUCAUAUUCAGAUCGUUUUACGGUCAUAUCAAUCUCCUUCUGAAGUUUUGACUGGAUUUGAUGUUGAUUGUUGCUCUGUUGGAUUCGACGGAAAAAACGUGUGGGCAUUAGCAAGAGCGCACCAAGCCAUUACGAAACAGUGCAAUGUAGUCGAUUUGACACGGCGUUCACCUUCAUAUGAAAUGCGACUAGCCAAGUAUGCGGAGCGUGGUUUCGAGAUUAAAGUUCCAUCAUUAGAUCGUUCUCGAAUCGAUCCUACUAUUUACGAUCGCAGUUUCGAGAAAUUGCAUGGACUUGCUCGUUUACUCGUUCUUGAGCGAUUAGCUACUCCAGAUUCCAGAUUCAAAUACAUGGAGGAGAAAAGGAAACGCUUGUUACGACCAAAACAUCCAAAAUCAGGAAUGUAUGCAUCAAGAAGUUGGUCAAGAUCGAGAAAUUUGCGGACAAGCAAAUUCGAAAACAGCGAUUAUGAGACUGUUCAAUUACCAUAUGGUGAAAGAUUUAAUGCAAAACGUAUCAAAAAUCUUUUAUAUACUAAAGAUAUGGUGAUGAAUUCUGAUUGGAAUCAAAAGAACCGUAAACGAACUCUUCAUCGACAUCCCUGCUUUUUCGGCACAAUGGAACAAGUUUUCAAUGACUGUUGUGGGACAUGUCCUGAUCCAAGAACUCCUGAAGAAAAAGAACUUCAAGAAGAAGAGGAUAAAAUCUUCAUAAGAGGAAAAAUUUCUUUUAUCAAAGACGACCCAGGACGCCAAACAAUCGGUAGUUUCCAUCCACUUACCGAGGACGAUUGGGCCGAAGAAGCAUUUAUUAGUCCUGUUCGUGAAGAUUUAUGUACCGCAUCCGCUAAAGGCAAUAUUGAAAUAAUUAAGAAAACGUUAAUUGAAGAAAAAGCGGAUGUAAACGCCCGUGACUAUCUUGGUAGAACUCCUUUGCAAUUGGCUGUUAUGGGUGGAUUUACAGAUGCUGUUGCUCUGCUGCUAGAUCAUGACGCAAGGAUCACGGCCAGAAUGUCAGAUGGCCGAACAGCGGUACAUGUUGCUGCCACGCUUGGCUUUGUGGAUAUUCUUGAGCUCUUGUUUAAGAGGAGUGAUAUCAAUAAAAAAGAAGCAGAAGAACGGGAUUUGACAAAAGCAUUAGCUGAGACAGAAUCGCAACUUGUAUCACUUGGUAAAGAAAGUAAAAAAGAGGACAUAGACGACCAUAAAUCCGAUGGAUCACUAGAAUUUAUUGAGAAAAUGGAACUGGAUGAAAAGCCUCCAGGUGAUCAAGACAAAGAUGAAAUUCCAACCCCUGCGGAGGAAGAAGAAGCUGAUGAUAUCAUCGAUGUUAAUAUUGAAGCGUGGGAUCAUCAAUUCACUCCACUAGAAUACGCUAUUCUAUUUGGCCGGUUAGAAGUUGCUAAGCUAUUAAUUAAGCAUGGAGCGAAUGUCAAGCGUCCUAUCAAGUUUAGUCGGCCAAUGAAUGCCUAUGGUUAUUAUGAUUACUUAUCAAAAAAGAAAGUAUAUUUUCCUUUGGGUUUGUCGAUGUUAACUAGAGAUCAAGAAGUUGGAUUGAAAAUCGCGACCUUAUUAUUAGAAAAUGGAGCAAUGACUUCACAGCUUGAUUAUGAAUUUAAUACAAUACUGCAUUUAGCCGUAAAAGCCGACAAAAUCGAAUUUGUUCGAUUAUUCUUGGAAAUCGAUCCCUCGGCAUCUCUUGCUAUUAAUAAGCUCAAUAAUUCAAAAGAAUCAUCUCUCUGCAUUGCAAUUCAAAAUUCAAACCGACAAAUUACCGAGCUAUUACUCAAGAAUGGGGCACAUGUUCAAGUCACACUGGAAGACUGUGAAAAGUAUUUAAAAGCAACUAAUUAUAUAACUAGCCCGGUCGCUAUUCUUGAACAAGUAACACAGCCAAUAAAACGUGGUUUGAGCAAUGGUUUAUAUCGAAUUCUUGUGGAAGCUGGUGCCGAUGUAAAUACCUACUACGACAGAUUGACAACUAUUCGUGAUUACAUGCAAAGCCAAGUAGAAGCCAGCGUGAAAGCAUUACAAGAGUUUAAUCCGACACUUUCUAAAGCCCGAGAUUUCUCAAGAGUUCCAAAAAAACUAAUUGAUCUAGACGAAUUGUUGGACAAUGAACGAAAAAAGCACUCGACAAAUUCUUAUACUGGACAUUUAUUGUCUCUAGCGACAGGAUCUGAUCUUAACUAUUUUAUAUUGCGUUCUUAUCCACAAACUUAUUCCGAUUUCGAAUUAAAAUAUCAUUUUGUCGCCGGAUUAUUUGGCGUUGGCAAAGUCACGCCCGAAUCCGAAAACGAAAAACAGGAACGCCGAACUAAAAUAGAACGCGAAUUGAAUGCUCAUAAAGAGUGUUUGAUGUUUUUAAUUGAGAAUGGAGCAAAAAACAUUUCAGACCUCAAACCAGAAGAGCAAGUUGCUCAGCGCGAACAACGCGAACAACUACAAGCGAUACAACAAGAUCAAUUGGCUAAAGUACGAGAAGCUGUGGAAAAAGCAGAAACCGAAGAAGAAAAACAACAGCUUCAACGGCAAGCUUUGCAACUUCAACAGCAAAUAUUAUUGAACCAAAACUUGAUAUUACAAAAUGCUUUGCAACAUGGAGAACAAUCAUCAGAAAGACAACAAGAAAUUUCUCAAUUACUUAAUCAAAUUAUUUCAACUCCAAUUAAUGCCAAUCCUGUCUCUGCUGCUACUAACGUCUCAGAAUUUAAUAUCGAUAUCAACAAGUUUCUUUAUGAAUUUACAUAUCUCGGUCACGCAGGGCAGAAAGCGAAGUUAUGUGAAAAUCCCAAAGAUUAUGUCUCGUUAUAUAAUGCCAUUUGGCAUAAUGAUCUUGCGUCGUUUGAUCGGCUUUCGAAGAAAUGUGUCAUUGCAGUAUUAGAUAGAAAUAAUUGGACUCCAUUAUUUCUUGCUUCUUAUCGAGGUCAUGAGCAUUUAGUUGCUAGAAUCUUGGAAAUUGCUGAGAAACAAUAUGUUCCUCUUCUAGAAAAUAAAGAUGAGGAGAUGGAUGUUGCUAUAAAUAAUUAUGACAUUGCGCAUGAUUAUCUUUCAGACUCUGACGAGUCUGAUUCAUAUUACUAUGAACCUGCUGCUUCACUAGAAAACCCUGAAGAUCCGCCUGAAGAUCCAAGUUCAACCAUAAAUUUAAAAUCAGUAUCGGUAUCACAUGUAUCUCCGUUCGUUUUAAUACAACAGAUUGUAGUGGGAUUAUCGAGAACCGAAUUUUUACCCGAAAGAUUUUGGAUAAAACAUGAAGAAAAUCCCAAAGAUGUGCAGCUUACUGCUUUGUCUGUUGCAGUCGUUAAAAACCAUGUUAAAAUUGUUGAAUUGUUGAUAAAAAGAAAAUAUCGCAUAAAAGACGAUGUUUCGGAAAAAGAAGGCGGCCUCGUUACCAAACUAAUUUGUGAUCAAGGAAAUGGACAUAAUAGACUUGAUGUCGACGGAUCUAAAAGAAGAAAUUGGAUUCUGCGUCAUUUCCCAGAAGCUUCAAAGAAACCAAUAGAUGUUUCUUUUCUUCAUGUAGCAGCUUACUAUGGCAACUUUGCGUCAAUCGAAUACUUUCUAUCGUCACGUCCAAUUCGUGCCCUUGAGCGUUUCGCACGUAAAAAUCGUAACAAUGAUCUUCGGGCGAAAAUAAUGAACACUGUUGAAGAUGUAAAAAAAGUUGGAAAACGUAUCUUUACAUUUGAGCCAUAUGAAAACACAACGCCAUUCCAUUGGGCUGUUGAAGGAAAUCAACCAGAAGCAAUCAAGGCAUUAGCAAAGUACUAUCACCCUAAUUUGGAUGAAGGAGAUGAUACACUAGAAGAAAUUUUAGAUACUCGUGCAAAAACUAAAGGAGCCACAGCAUUUAUUCAUGCUGCUAAUAGAGAAAAUAAGGAAUGUGUCGAAGCGUUGUUAGAGGCAGGAGCGGAUCCGGGUAUCACAGAUGAAGAUGGAUGGACUGGUGUUCAUCAUGCCGCUCAUCACGGUAACAUUGAAUUGCUUCAAUUGCUCUUCAAUAAGCUCGAUGAAAACACAGUACAGCGUACUCUUGAUCAACGUAGCAAAAAAUUCAGACACACUCCGAUCGCAAUCGCCAUUCUCCUAUCGCAUAGAGAAACUUUUAAAAUUCUUUGGGAUCAAGUUUUAACCGCCAAUAUUUUCUCUUAUGAUUUCCAACACGAUCGAUAUCUUCAUUUAGCAACUAAAGGUGGGCUUUACAGCUUUGUCAAAUUUUUGUUGGAAGCUGAUCCAUCAGUUACGACGAAUAAUGAUGGAAAGUACGGAUCGCUUUAUCAUGAGAAUGCAGUUGGACAAACACCAGUUGAUAUGGCAACACAAAUAUGGUGCAAGAAAAUCCGUGAAAAUGAUCAAUUUGUCGCGCCUAAGAAUGCUACUACAUUAGUACAUGUAAAUCAAAGAGAAAUGAACCCAGACACAGAGUCUGCUGAUCAUACUGCGGUCUUUGAUCUUUUAGUCCCUUAUUUACCGCGUACAAAAGACAAUCCAACAAGUCAACGCGUUUUUAUUUCUUUCGAUGAUGUGAAUCAAUACGUUAAAGAGUUCACCGAGGAAAUUUCUGGAAAAGGGAACAAGUUGGAGCAAAUAGGCUAUUAUCAUUUGGGAAUCAAUCUUCGUUCAUUUUUUCCACCUUUGCCUUUAAAGGCAACCCCCUCUCUAUCAAUGUCAUUAUGA